AUGGCGUUUUGGGUGGUCGGCGGGGAGGCAAGGCCACUUUCCCAAGGUGAGGGCCACGUCCUCGAUUCCGAUCUCUACGUUGUGGGUGGCAAAAGGAGGAUUGGUCACGCUCAUGAGCGCGACAUCUACGACGGCAACUCUGAGUACGCACACGACGACAUGCCCUUCCAGAAAAGGGCCCGUGUAUCACAUUUCACGUCCGACUUGGAUCCUGUUUGUCCACCGCGGGGAUCGAUUCCCGUUCAGAACCUGUCCUUUUUAGUAAUCCGAGAACAAACAUCGCCAACGCCCGAGCCGGCUGAAGCCGAUGUCACCUCAUCGCAAAUGGAGCGCACCGCCUCUGGCUUGUCCAUCUCGUCCGAUACAGACAUUUACAGCGCCGCCAUCGAGGACGAUCUAAGGCUACUCGACGACGAUGUUGCGGCUAGACUUGUCGAAAAUCGGUUGCAGCUUGGCCGACGUCGUACCAAGGAUUCUCAGCAUGAACGAAUCCUGAGAUCACUCAUCCGACCACGAUCUCGGCAUGCCGAGUUCUCCAUCGAUAAUGAUGCGCUGGAAAGCAUUUUCUCCGCCGCAAACGAGAUCUUCUUUCACAACAGUCUAUCACAGCGCGUCACUUGGGAUUGGUCCCAUGCAUCUAGCGCCCAGUACAAGGACCACAUCAUCGGCACUACAGCCCUGCGACGCUCUAAAAUGGGAGGCUUCGAGACUCUUAUUGUCUUAUCGAAUCCAAUCUUGAAGGACAAGCAGUACAACCGACGACUUCUCAUCUCUACCUUCUUACAUGAGCUCAUUCAUAGCUACCUUUUUAUCAAAUGCGGCGUUAAGGCUCGUCAAUGUGGCGGUCAUACUGUCACGAGUUAUGGCACGCAGCAAUGGGCAUACGGAGUGUGGUAA